AUGAUCGGGAGCAAGUCGACGGAGCUUAUCAUUUUGGCAUUAAUUUGUGCAGCAACGGUUGUCAGUGGAAAAUCAGUUCCAUUGUCAGAUGAGGUAGAUGCCGGCGAUAAUAAUGAAACGGGUGGUGGUUUGAGCGUCAGUUUAACGAUCACAUCCACCUCAAAUGCAACGAAAGAAGGUGACGAUGGUCAAGUCAACGUACAAUUCAGCAACGCAGGAGAAACAACCCUCUACAUCUAUCAGAUCGCCGUACCGUCCAACGGUAUAAUGUUGAUACCUCUGUUCCACCUCACUCUCCAUGGCAAGAAAGUAUCCUACGUCGGGCCUCGUUUUAAACUGAGUGCAGCAGCAGUUUAUGCGACUAUCGCUUUGGCACCAGGCGAGAAUUUGAAUUUUAUCGUCUCGCUCAGCCCCUACUACGAUCUACGUGCCAGUGGCCCGUACAAGAUUCGAUACCAGCAGUUUGCUGAUCGUGUGCUGAAAACUCAGUCUGCUGCUGCUAAGGCAACUAUCGUGUCGAACAUCCUGACACUCCAACUCAACGGCGUUAGCAAUGCAGUUUUGAAAGAAGCAGACCGACGUCGUCUCCUGCUCAGCGCAAAAAAGGAAAACGGUGCCGGUAAGGCGGAGUCCCCUCAGAUCACCUUCAACGACGAAUGUACUGACAAGCAGAAAACCACCAUCGCAGCUGCUAUCGCACAAGCCAAAGAGUACACGAAGGACACACAAAGUUUCUUGGCUAAUGACAUAUUAAAGGAAAAAAAGGAGCGCUUCACCAAAUGGUUCGGUAUAGCAGAAGGUGGUUCUGAAAGGAGUUCAGCUAUCCAGGAAGAACACUACAGUGCAAUCGCGGAUCACUUCAUCAAAGUCAAAGAUGUUCUUCACAACCAGCCGCAGAAGUACUUUUGUCGAGUUGUUAACCUUGACCAAUGUACGAGUGGUACCUUCGCCUACGUUUACCCGGAUAUGCCCUAUGAGUACAAUCUAUGCACCACAUUUUUCGAAGCGGAAGUAGCUGGUACAGAUUCGCAAGGCGGUGCACUUAUUCACGAAACAACUCAUUUUCUUCUGGUUGCUGGUACCGAUGAUGUUGCGGAUACCGGCGAUAAUGCGGCUACAUACGGCAAGGAGAAGUGUGAACAACUGGCUAAGAAGAACCCGACUUUAGCAGUUCAGAACGCAGAUAACAAUGAAUAUUUUGCUGAAAACUCUCCUUGA